GGCCAGCUGCGGCUCAUGGACGGGCCCAACGCAUGGUCGGGGCGGCUGGAGAUCUGCCGCAAUAACGUCUGGGGCACCAUCUGCGAUAUGGGCUGGGGCUGGGACGACGCGCGUGUGGCGUGCAGGCAGCUGGGCUUCCCCGCCGGGGGCGAGGCUGUUGAGGGGGGCUGGUUUCCCAAUGCGACUGAAUCCUCGCCCAUCCACUAUAGUAACGUGACCUGCCUGGGCUACGAGACGGCACUUGCAAGCUGCCUCCUGCCCAACCGUUCUACGAGCUGCAACCACAAGUACGAUGCGGGCGUGAUCUGCGCGAACCCUGCC